AUGUCUACGAACUCAUCUCGCCGUGCUCUACGCAACGAUCUUGAGCUGGUUACUCUUGAUGAAAACAUCCCGGACCGGCAGGUCAGGAUCGGCACCUCUCUCUCACAGGAGCUUCGUUCUGAUCUUGUCCCCUUCCUUCGCCUUAAUUCUGAGGUCUUCGCCUGGUCGUACAAUGACAUGCCUGGCAUAUCACCUGAGAUCAUAUCCCACCGGCUCAGCAUUAAUCCUGCUGUUCGACCCGUUCGGCAGAAGCGUCGUGCUUAUGACCCAGAGCGAUACGAGGCCAUGAAGGCAAAGGUGGACAAGCUAACUAGCAUUGGAUUUAUCAAAGAGGUGGACUAUCCCACCUGGCUGGCCAAUGUGGUGAUGGCCCGAAGGAUAGCUUCCCCCUACCCCGCAUCGACCAGUUAG